AUUGGAAGAGGGAUCAACUUGUAGGAAAGGGAUAUGUGAAGACAAACAGUUUCACAAAUGUGAGCUGAUACACUGUGAAGAAAUGGAUCAGACAGCAUGUCAAAGAAACACUGACCAGAAACAGCAUAGCACCACUCCAAAACUGACCAAAGUUAUUGAAAAUCCCAUGUACAUUGGAGAUAGCCAGAAUUUUGUGCCACCAAGGCCACCAGCAAGAUACCAUUCAGAAGAACAAAGACCAGUCUCCAGGCAACAGUCCUUGAAACAAAAGGCUUUAGCCCAUUCUAAGUCUUUGAAAGAAUAUGUGAAAAGAGAAACAGUAUCAUUCUUUGGUUUGAAUGACCAUGACCCCACUGAAAGAGAAAGAUGGGCUGAGCGACGCAAUAGGUUGCUUAGCCGGAAAUGUGGAGGGCUAAAGCACUGCCCAGAAGAGAGAAGGCAGCAGUCAGUACCCCAUUCCGUCCCAGCUUCCUUACAGUGGGGUUACCAAGGUGAUGCUGAUGUACCUGAUCAUGUUAGAAGAGUCACCACUCAUCCUUCAGGCCUAGAAGAAAACAAGGCUUCUAAAGAUUCCGUUUAUAAAAUGACAUGGAAUGGCUUAAGCUUUCUGGCUUUGAAUGUGAAAAGAAGACUUUCAGCUCCUUACUCUCAAAAUAGUAGGCCACCUCAAAGAAAACUGUGUCACACUACAUCAGCAUUCAUCAAAGAUGAUCAAAUGAUUUCUAGUCCAAAGCCAAUCAACCAAACUGUAGAAACAAAAAUAACUGAGGAAAUGUUUUUUGCGAAACCACCACCAACUCCUGAACUGAUAACAGAUUUAGAAUCGUCAUCUUUUAGAAGAAUUCUGAAACCUGUGGAAACUGGAGAAGACCAAGUUGACAGACCAAGUUCUCACUCUCGAGUGUGGCACAGACCUUCAGUAGCACAUGAACCUUCUUCUCCAGGACCCAUGCAGCAAGUAUGGGAGAGGAUGUUAAGUAAAGCAUUUGAUAACUCAGACAGAAGAGAGUAUGGGAUGGGAGUAGUAGGAAAAUUGUUUAAAAGAAGUUUUCGUAAAGAUCGUUUCACAUCUAACAUCAAAGAACAACUUGAAGAUAUAGAAGACAGUAGGCCUUAUUUUACUUAUUGGGUGACAACUGUGCAAAUUUUGAUUACUGUGAUCUCCUUAGCUGUGUACGGUUUUGGGCCAGUGGGGUUCCAUAAGACACAGCGAUCUAGUCAGGUGCUAGUCACAAGACUUUCUCUGGAGCAAGUGGACUACUUUGAACCAGAUAACUUUUGGGUAGGACCAAGAGCUGCUGACUUGGUACACUUGGGAGCUAAAUUUACUCCCUGUAUGCGUAAAGACAAAAAUAUUUUUGAUGCAGUUAAAAAAGAUCGGGAUAAAGAAAGGGAUACUGCAUGUUGUGUGCGAAACGAUCAAUCAGGAUGUGUACAGACCUCACGCAGCAAAUGCUCGCAUUUCACACGAGGAUUGCUGACAGGGAAAAUAAUUUCAUCAUGGAAGAAGUGGAACAGAACUAACCCAGGACCUCCAACACGUAUGCUGAAUUCUGAACAAGCAUUGUCUCAUAUUGAAUCUACAUUCAGAAGGCUUUCAGGGUCUGUAUGUGGCCAGGACCCUCGAUACUGUGAGGAACCUGCUUCUGCUCACCCUUUUGAAUGGCCUGAUGACAUCACAAAAUGGCCAAUAUGUAGACGACCAAUCCAAGGUGGAGACCAAGCUGAUGCUCACAUGGCCUGUGAAGUAAUUGGUCGACCUUGUUGUGUGGGGAUUUAUGGUGAAUGUCGCAUCACAACGAAAGAAUAUUGCGAUUUUGUAAAAGGAUUUUUCCAUGAAGAAGCAGCAUUGUGUUCUCAGGUGUCCUGUUUAGAUGAUGUUUGUGGAAUGAUACCAUUUUAUGAUCCUGAAUUACCUGAUCAGUUUUACCGCCUUUGGACAUCUCUGUUUCUACAUGCAGGGAUUGUACACCUUUUUGUUACAAUAGUUAUCCAGUACUACUUCAUGAGAGACCUGGAGAAACUGACAGGUCCUUUGAGAAUAGGAAUCAUCUAUAUCAUAUCAGGGGUUGCUGGAAAUCUUGCAAGUGCAAUCUUUGUUCCAUACAGAGCUGAGGUUGGCCCAGCUGGGUCUCAGUUUGGACUAUUAGCUUGCUUUAUAGUAGAAGUCAUUCACUGUUGGCCAAUCAUGAAACGGCCAGGUGUGGCUCUGCUUCGUCUUCUCGGUGUGGCUCUCAUCUUGUUUGUUUUAGGCUUGCUACCAUGGGUUGACAACUACUCUCACCUCUUUGGUUUCAUAUUUGGCUUCCUCUUGUCCUAUGCACUUCUACCAUUUCUCUCUUUUGGCACAUAUGAUCGUACAACUAAAAUCAUUAUCAUUGUACUCUGCCUUGUGGUGGUGACUCUCCUGUUUUUUGGGUUAGUGGUCUUAUUUUAUGUAUACCCAAUUCACGAGUGCUCCUUCUGCAAAUAUUUCAACUGCAUCCCUUUCACCCAUGAUUUUUGUGAAACCCAAGACAUCAGUGUUCUACGGAAGGAAGAGUUCUGAUAGCAACUGUGAAGACUGUAAAAUCCUUGAAGUGCCAACUUUGUGACUGGAAUUUUAGCAGUGUGCUAGAACUGUUUUUUUAUAAAAGAGCUUUGAUUUGUAUAUUUUAAUAAAUUACUUCAAUUUUGCA